AAACAUUACAAUUUAAACUAAAUCAGGAAGUAGUUAAUACAAAUGAUUUACAAAUUAAUAACGUUAGCAUUUUUAGUCCGUGUGGGCACAACUUUACCUUACAAAUAUGAAGUUCAAUUCCGCGAUGAAUACUUUUUGCCAUGUCCAAAUUAUCCGAAUAAUUCCCUAGACAUAGUUUUAAGAAGGCCGGAAAAUAUAACAUUUCUAUCAGAUUCUGCUACUUACAUCGCCGGAGAUGUUGUACUCAUUUAUGAUUUCGAUCCAUCACAAAAAUAUCCGGCCAACAUGGAAUUUUUUAAAUUUAAUCGUGGCAGUUGGCAAAAAACACUUUACAGCAUUCGACGUGAGGACUUUUGUAGCAGCUUUUUUAAUCCUUCCGAAGUGUGGUCCACCUUUCUUAAGGAACUGCCUGCAGAACAACGUAAAUGUCCGUUAAGAAAAGGGCAAAUAUUUUCCAUCAAUGUUACUAUGGAUCAAUCUUUUGAAAUGGCUUCUGGUUCAUUGGAAGGUGAUUAUUGGGCUCAUUUGGAGGCGGGCAAUAAAAACAAUUUAAAUAUGUUUUUUUGCGUAGAUGGUUAUUUUAGUGUAUAUCGGGUUUAAUGGUUGGCAAAAAGUAAUUUUUAUAAUAAAUAAGUUUUGUAAACAAUA